UCGACCGGGUCCAGUGUGUAGAACAUUCGAACAUCGAGUCUCGCAUGUUUACUAUGAGUUUUAUGUCGCGAAUCGCGACGGCGAUGUGACGGGUUAUCGCGUCUUGGGCCACAGGUGCACAGCGCGGCGCGCCCGCAUGCACCGCGCGUCCUCAGCGCCACGAGGGCCGAAGUCGACAGAACUGAUACCGGCGCGGCCGGCAAGCCGUCGAUAGCGCAAGAUUACGCGAGGGGAGGUCCUGUCAGCUUAGCUGGCAGGUGAGGGCGGUCAGGGCCGAGAGUGUCGCUGCUCAGCACUGAUCAACACGCUCCGCAAAGAAUGGCCCGCCUGCUGGUGUUCGUGGCCCUGCUCAUGGCCGCGGGCUACGCGCUGGUCGCUGCCGCCCCCGGCGCUCCGGUAUCCUCUCCGGAGCAGCUCUCCCAGGUCGUCGGCGAACGGCUGGCGCAGGUGUCCUCGCGCCUCACCCUGCUCCCCAGCGCGGCGCCUGGCCUGGCGGCGCUGCGGGAGGCGGCGCUGCACUCAGCCUUGGACGACUUGUUCAAGAUCCUGAUGCUCAUUUUCGACUUCGUCGUGAAACUCAUGGACCCGACACCCCUCGGUGACUACGCCUGGAAAUUCGACGGUGUCACGGCGCGAGGCAACCUGUCGCUGAAAGGACUGCAGGCGCGCCACCUCCGCGAGCUGACCGUGCAGAAGUACGACAUCCACCUGUCCACCCUUUGCGCCGAGGUCAGCCUACUACUCCCGCACCUCACGCUGGAGACCAAGUACGACACUGACCUGAACUUCAAUCUCGAGGACGGGUCAAACUCCGAUUUUCGACUGUUCGGCAACGGUCAAGCUAAGGUGGACAUGUGGAACAUCAAAAUGUACACAGACUUGUGUAUGACCGUCAACCCGGUUACUGUGAGGGUGGCCAACAUGAAACUGUCAGUUGAGAAAGAUAAUGUUGACGUGCAGAACUUAUUUUGUGAUCAAGCCGUCAGCAAAAGUAUAAGUCAAAUUGCAACAGAUGUUGUUCCCUCUAUGGUUCAAGAAUUUCAGCAAGAGAUAACAAAUUUCAUUAUGAAAUAUAUUAACAAACUAAUUGAAGAAAAGUUACCACAUUAGAACACUUAAUUUUUAGCAUUCUGAACAUCUACACUUGGAAAGUUUCAUACAGCAUACACCUCGUAACACACACAAGUCUAGAAUCUGUUAGUGCUGUAAGGAGGGCUCAGAAUAAAUAAAUUUGAACAUUCUAGUAAGAAUACAAAAUAA